AUGGACCCCGCCGACGACUGCGCGACCGAGAGCGAGCCGUGUCUCUCGUCACCACAUGGCCACUUUUCAUCAGAACCAUUGCCAGUUUAUGUUAAUAUCCACCGCGUUAGACGCUUAGUGCUUGUGAGCAUCGACGACCCAUACACGAUCGAGCAUUUCCGCGAGCCUGCUCUAAACUCGCUCCUCGUGAGACCGUUAGUAGAAAGGCUCUACGACCCGCAGGACACCACCGUUGUCUACUCCUUGCUCGCCAAUCGAGUUUACUUUCUCCGGGAGCAGUCUGGCCUCGUUCAUCAGAAUGUCAACGUCGCCCGUGCGACGCUGUGCGAACUUGUGGCCAGUCGCGUCCUGCGUCGCUUCCACGAAGACAACCCCGGCCCCGCUGGACUUCUGCUUGUGGCGCACAACCUUCUUGACGGUCUUGAUCCAUUCCAAGGCGCCUCCAGCGACGUGGAACGAGAAGGGCGCCAUUUGCAGUGGCCAAUACAAGAGCGCGGCGGGCAGGAACGGAAGCUGACGGCACUCGAGCUGGCUAUUCUCUCCGAAAGCAAAGCCUUCAUCAGCUCCGCCGCUUGCCAGCGCGUCGUCGACGCUGUGCAUAGCGGCCGGGUCAUAUAUACGCCCUUGUCAUUUGUUGAUGUUCUUCCUGAUCAUUACAAGUACCGGCCCAUGUCUCUUUACAACCCCCGGGACGCGCCGUUAUUGAACCACUACCGAUUAAUUGUUCCACGCAUCAGAGCGGUAGUCGAGCUGGUUCAGUACCUUGUUCUGCUUGCUUUCUACGUCUUGACAAUGAUUCAUCGUCACAGAAACUUUAACAGAUGGGAGCUUGUCUUCGCCAUUUACACAGCGGGCUGGGUAUUGCAGGAAUUUGCCGCCAUAAUCGAGCACGGGUGGGAGGUUCACACACAGAACCUGUGGGCUUUUCUCGACAUCACCUUCGUAAUCAUCUACUCUAUAUACGUUCCAGCUCGCCUCUAUGAUCUCAGCAUUGGUCAUCUCCACGAUGGAAUCGGCCUGCAUAUUCUCUGCAUCUCUGCCCCGGUUCUACUCACCCGGAUCGCGUUCAAUCUAAUGCCGCACAGCAUUGUCUUUAUCUCACUGCAUGCCAUGAUGAAAGACUUUACAGUUCUUACCUUCUUGGCUUUGUGGUGCUUUGCCGGAUUCCUCCUCGCCCUACAGUGGCUCAGUGCCAUUGAUUCGUCCAACAGCGAGUUUGCCCCGAGUUGGUCGACAGUUGGCAAGUGGUUGCUCUGGAUCUGGUUUGGCCUGGACGGCACUGGCAUCGAGGAAUCAAUAAACUUUCACGUUAUCCUCGGCCCGACCUUGAUGGUAUCUUUCGCCUUUUUGGGUAACACCCUAUUUUUAACCAUCCUGGUUGCCAUUCUUACCAACACAUUCUCCACCAUUAUUGCCAAUGAGGCAGCUGAGAUCAGAUUUCGUCGAACAGUUUUGACGUUUGAGGGUGUCAAGAGCGACUCAAUUUUUGCGUAUCCCCCGCCGUUCAAUAUCCUGGCGCUGGUCAUCCUUCUUCCACUCAAGUUCGUGGUCACCAGCCGAUUUUCUCCCCACGGGGAUGUCCUUGCUGUGUUGAAAUCGGAGCCACCAGAAGAUGUCGUACGCAGAUUCGACGAGCUUGACCCUCUGGAUGAAAUCCAGGAUGUCGAGGUCGGGGCACCGCUCGAGACAACGGCCAAUGCUAUAUGA